UGUGCUGACGUGGCCCUGGCCACGGCACACGGCGUGGAGCUGGUGCUGCUCAAGCCACGGAGGCUCAUGAACCUCAACGGGCUCAGCGUGGCCAGUGCUGCUAAGACCUACAACCUUGGCCCAAAAGAUGUUUACCUGGUUCAUGACGACCUGGACAAGGCCCUGGGCAAGGUGGCGAUCAAGCAGGGAGGCAGCGCCAGGGGACACAACGGGGUCAGAUCCUGCAUCAGUGCUUUGCACUCCAACGAGAUGACCAGGCUCAGGGUUGGAAUCGGGCGGCCAGAGGGUGACGUGACAGUGUCCAGCUAUGUCCUGGCUCCGUUCAGCGCUGAGGAGAGGGAGAGGCUGGAACAGGUCCUGGCCCAGGCAGUGACCUGCCUGCUGGAGCACAUCCAGUGCAGAGUUCCCGCAGGGCAGUCAGGGCACAGGGGCUAA